UGCGCUGCAGCGAUUUUGCGGCGAGGUCCCAUUGGCCGCCGGCACGCAUAAGUUUUUGCUCCGGACGGCAACUUUUCGCAGGGAUGGAGUAAGCCCGGGCCUCGCCGCUUCCCUCGCUCGCUUUCCCGGAGAAGGCAGCCACCGCUCCCCGGCAAGGAUGAAGCUCUGCGGAACUUUCCUCGAAAAUGAGUUUCGGGGCGAGCUGCUGAACCAGAGGUGGACCUGUGGAGAGAAGAUCAGCAGCUGCGAGGGAGCCGCCAGCCUGCACGGCACGUGCAUCAAGAUGAGUUUAGAAAAUGACGAUAAGAGAGCACGCACGCGAUCGAAGUCUGUCAGAGUGCCCACGGAGCUCAUCAGCCAGGAGGUGAGCUGUCCAACCCCAGGCUGUAAUGGCUCAGGACACAUCCGUGGAAAGUAUGCAAGACACAGAAGUCUGCAAAGCUGCCCUCUAGCAAAGAAGAGGAAACUUCAAGACGCGGAGGCCGAACACCUGGUGUCGAAGCGCAAAUCCCACCCGCUCAAGCUGGCCUUGGAUGAAGGCUACAACGUCGACAGCGACGGCAGCGAGGAGGCCGAGGCAAAGGAGGAGUCUGGCUCUGAGGAGUCAGAGGGAACGCUGGAGGAGGACGAGGCGGAGGCGGCGGAGCAGGAGGAGACCCACAGCCCUGAGCCGGCAGAAGAGAGAAGCCCAGCAAAAUCAGCCCAUUAUGGACAAAAACCAGCAACAAGUACGUCUGGGCCCAGCAAGGCCAACUAUAGCAACUACCAAGAAAUAAUCGCCAACUCUCUCCUAAACCUAGGCCAAAUAGCAGAGGAAACCCUCGCCAUCGAAGGGCAGCUGCCUGAAGCUGAGCUGCAGGUGUCCAAGCCGCCGUCAAACGUUGUGCACCUGGUCCAUGAGGAUGCGGGAGAGGAGAUCGUGGAGGAGGAGUGCGACAAGGAGAUUAUCAUCCAGACUGAGGAUGCAGAGGAAGUCAUUGAGGUCACUAGUGAACGGAGCAGCGAGUUGUGUCCGGAGCACCAGGAUGACACGAACUGCGAAGAGUCCUGCAAGCUGCAGAAGGCCAUGCAAGCCGAAGCAGAGGAAGAGGAUGAGGAGGAUGAAGAUGAGGAUGAAGAUGAGGAGGAAGAAGAGGAAGAAGAAGAAGAAGAGGAGGAGGAAGAAGAGGAGGAAGAGGAGGAAGAAAUGGCUCCCGAAGUGAUCUGCGAAGAAGCUCCUCACACUUCUCAGGACACGCAGAAAAGUCACUGUGAAGGGCAGUUCAGCCCUAAGCCCGAGUACUCGGUCAUCGUGGAGGUCCGGUCGGAUGAUGACAAAGACGAUGACGCCCACUCCCAGAAGUCUGCGGUGACCGAUGAGUCAGAAAUGUAUGACAUGAUGACGAGGGGGAACCUGGGGCUGCUGGAACAAGCCAUCGCGCUGAAGGCUGAGCAGGUGAAAAUUGUGAGGGAGCCCAGCCGGCUGCCAGGAGAGCACGUAAAGCACUUCCAGGUCGAUGAGAAGCAAAGCAAACCACUGGACAGUAUCCGGAAGAGCUACUAUGGAAAAGAUCCCUCAAGACCUGAGAAGCGAGAAAUCAAAUGUCCGACGCCUGGCUGCGAUGGGACCGGCCAUGUCACGGGACUCUACCCUCACCACCGCAGCCUCUCUGGCUGUCCGCACAAAGACAGGAUCCCCCCUGAGAUCUUGGCGAUGCAUGAGAACGUGCUGAAAUGCCCCACGCCAGGCUGCACAGGACAGGGUCACGUCAACAGCAACCGCAACACGCACAGGAGUUUAUCUGGGUGCCCCAUUGCUGCUGCUGAAAAAUUAGCCAAAUCGCAUGAAAAGCAACAAACCCAGUCUGGUGACCCUUCAAAGCCCAGCUCCAACUCUGACCGGAUCCUCAGGCCUAUGUGCUUUGUGAAGCAACUGGAGAUCCCUCAGUAUGGAAGCUACCGGCCCAACAUGGUCCCAGCCACCCCCCGGGCCAACCUGGCCAAGGAGCUGGAGAAGUACUCCAAGGUCACCUUCGAUUAUGCAAGUUUUGAUGCUCAGGUUUUUGGCAAACGCAUGCUUGCCCCAAAGAUUCAGACUAGCGAAACCUCACCUAAAGCCUUUAAAUCCAAACCUUUUCCAAAGGCCUCUUCCCCCAGCCACAGCCCCUCCGGCAGUUACGUGAAGAGCACUUCAUCUUCCUCCACAGGCUUCGACUACUCCCACGACGCCGAGGCUGCGCACAUGGCUGCCACCGCCAUCCUCAACCUCUCCACGCGCUGCUGGGAAAUGCCGGAGAAUCUCAGCACCAAGCAGCAGGAGGCCCCCGGCAAGUCCAUGGACAUUGAGGUGGAUGAAAAUGGGACUCUGGACUUGAGUAUGAACAAGAACCGCAAGCGGGAGAGCACGUUCCCCAGCAGCAGCAGCUGCAGCAGUAGUCCCAGCGUGAAGUCCCCAGAUGUGUCCCAGCGCCAAAACAGCACCAGUGCCACGAGCAGCACCAUGACCUCCCCCCAGUCCAGCCAGACCUCCCGCCAGGAUGAAUGGGAUGGGCCCAUUGACUACACUAAACCAAACCGCCAGCGGGAAGAGGAGCCAGAAGAGUCAGAGCCUGCAGCCCACUCUUUUGCCUCCUCGGAAGCUGAUGAGCAAGAAGUGUCGGAGGAAAACUUUGAAGAACGAAAAUACCCAGGGGAAGUUACCUUAACUAACUUCAAGCUUAAAUUCCUCUCCAAGGACAUCAAGAAAGAGCUGCUCACUUGCCCUACCCCAGGCUGUGAUGGCAGCGGACACAUCACGGGAAACUAUGCCUCUCACCGCAGCCUUUCUGGUUGUCCUCUUGCUGACAAGAGCCUCAGAAACCUCAUGGCUGCCCACUCUGCUGACCUCAAGUGCCCUACUCCUGGCUGUGACGGUUCUGGUCACAUAACAGGAAAUUAUGCAUCACACAGAAGUCUGUCAGGCUGCCCUCGUGCCAAGAAAAGUGGGAUCAAGAUAACCCCGACCAAGGAUGAUAAAGAAGACCCGGAGCUGAUGAAGUGUCCGGUUCCUGGCUGUGUUGGGCUUGGGCACAUCAGCGGCAAAUAUGCCUCCCACCGCAGCGCAUCAGGCUGCCCCCUGGCCGCCCGAAGGCAGAAAGAAGGAUCCCUCAAUGGCUCCUCGUUUUCCUGGAAAUCGCUGAAAAACGAAGGUCCAACCUGCCCCACCCCAGGCUGCGAUGGCUCCGGCCAUGCCAAUGGGAGCUUCCUCACUCACAGGAGUUUGUCAGGGUGCCCAAGAGCUACUUUUGCUGGGAAGAAAGGAAAACUCUCAGGGGAUGAAAUUCUCAACACAAAGUUCAAGACCAGUGAUGUUCUAGAGAAUGACGAGGAGAUCAAGCAGCUGAACAAGGAGAUCAGCGAGCUGAACGAGUCCAACUCGGAGAUGGAGGCGGCCAUGGUGAAGCUGCAGUCGCAGAUCUCCAGCAUGGAGAAGAACCUGAAGAACAUUGAGGAGGAAAACAAGAUCAUAGAGGAGCAAAACGAAGCCCUGUUCCUGGAGCUCUCAGGGUUGAGCCAGGCUCUAAUCCAAAGUCUUGCCAAUAUCCGCCUUCCGCACAUGGAGCCCAUUAGUGAGCAGAACUUCGAUGCAUACGUGAACACACUGACCGACAUGUACACCAACCAGGAGUGCUACCAGAACCCGGAGAACAAGGACCUGCUGGAGAGCAUCAAGCAAGCUGUCAAGGGCAUCCAAGUUUAGUGCCCUGCGAUGGGGACGGGUGGGUGAGCGGACUGUAAGAUGGAACUUUCCCUCCAACUAUUCAGGUUUACAAGUUAUAAAACUUGUUUAAUGAAUGAAAAACAAAAAGCAAAGCAAAUCAAAAAACACACAAGGACCAAAACGUAACCAAGAGGCCAUUUCUGAGACAUGGAAAUGAUCGAACUCAGUGUUCUCGUUUACUUAACUUUGGACCUUCUUGAGAAAAGUGGGAUUUUUCUACCUGGACCAUGAGGUAGACCAGGAUGGAAGGUCAAAUUCUCCAUGGGCUGUGGGGCUUGGCAGCUGGUGAAGAGCAGGCAUCUCUCAUGAGUUGCCGUGCUUUUGCAGAGUUGAUCCAAGGGUUAAAACAUUACAAGAACAGGGUUUUGUCUGAUCCGAGACUAGUGUACGACUGGCUUAAACCCUCAUGUUGUCUAUGGUCGUAUGUCCAGAUUACCUACUCACCCAUGAAUUAUGUUAUAUGUUGCUAUAAGUGCUGGAGCUGCAAGCUACCUGUAAAUCUGAACCUGUGCUGGGCCUCCCAACCCCAGGUUUUCAGAUAUCCACUGGGCAUGGGAACUCUUAAGUAUUAUAAAGUAGCUUAUUUUUAUUUUCUGAAAGAAAUCCGAAGAGCAGUUCUGGAUCUCCAGUGGAAAGCGCAAUGGAAAAAAGGUUCUCAGGGAAGCUUUUGGAGUUUGCAACUACAGUAUUCCUUUGUCUGUCUUAAAUAUGAGAAUAGCUAUUAUGAAUAGGCCAAUACCAGAUAUUUCAUACAGAAGAAUUCUUAAUGUGUCAUGGUCCGGUGUUUAUGAUUUUUUGGAAGUCUGUUCGAUGACAGUUCUGGUUCUUUUCAUUAUUGUGAUCAUCCUUACAGCGGCGCAGUACUGCCAGUCCAGAGAUCAUACAUCAAUGCCAGAGAACGUUUGAGAUUGUGAUGAACUAAAAAAGAAACAAACAAACAAAAAAAAGCCAACAAAAAGAGAUGUUAAUUGAUGGCCAGCAAAGUGCUUACCUAAUGUAAAUCAGUGGUUGAUUUCUUGCAGAUAUCCACAGGGUGAUGGGUUUUUCUUGGUUUGGUGUUCUACGUUUUGUGCAAAAUCGCAGCACAAGCACCAUUCUGGAGGCAAAAAAAAAAAAAGCAUUCAGGUAUUGGAUAUUCUUCCAAAGAAGCUCGGUACAUGCAGCCAGUGAAGGGGGUGACCCAAGGAAAUAUAGGGGAGAAACCCCUUUGGGAUCCCAGCAUGGGUGCAUUUGCUCCCUGCAUGGUUCCUGGCAGCAGUGGGGAGGAUUUGGGUGGCCAAUGCAAAAGGCAAAGCUGUGGUGUCAUUUUGAGCCCAAUUCUGCAGAUAUUUAGGGCGUAAUCUGUGGUUUGGAGAGGUCAGUGGGGAGCUUCCCAUUGACUACAGCAGGCACUGGACUGGGAGCAGCAUGGCGUGGGUUGGUUCCUGUUGGGGAGUGCCAUGCUGAGCCAUUUGCAGGAUCAGGCUCCAUGAGUUCACUCAUUUUAGAACCCAUUCCAAGUGCAAAAAUACAAAAGAAAGGGGAAAAAAAAAUAAUGAUAAUUUGAGGUGUUAAAAACACAAUGUUCUUAACAUGUAAAUAGAGUCCAAAUUGAUUGUGACUGCAAUUCACUUAGUAUUUAAAAGUAGAGAAAUUGCACUUCCUGGAA